AUUAUAGAGCCAAAGCUCUUUGUCGUUACACUCAUUGGGAGUACUUCUAUGGAACAUUAACUUUAUUCCGGGUAAAAUGAGUUGCUGCCAGUCCUUGAUUCAAUUCCUCUGAUUACAACCGGGUUCUACAGAAUAGAUGUUUGGCAAUGGCAGACUGCGUUUGCCUCUGCAGAGACACUUCUCGCAGGUGAGACGAAUACCGAAGAGUAUCUCUGGAGUGACAGCAGCGAUGCCAACUGAACUGGCCACUGAAAGUACCGUUCUGCAAACUCCAGCACAAACGGUGGACAGCUACAGAAACUUGAUUGUUUUGAAGACAAGCGAUGUGCCUGUCAGGAAGCCGUCUUCUUUGAAUCACUCAUCCAUGGGUUGUAGGACAUCGGCUUUGCCACAGAUCUGCUGGGGCUUAGAGCUCAAUGUGGUCGUGCUGUUGAUGGUCUUGGCUGGGCUUUUAAUAUUGGUGUUAAUUUACUAUGUGCUCCUGCUGCGCCACAGACUCCGUGUUGCUCAGGCUGGGAAUGCUCUGGAGUACUUUGGGUUCUAUCACAUGGCUCAGUAUGAUUUAAAGCAACCAGGCCCACGGCAUCUACCUGAAGCAACUCCACAGGUUUCCACUUCUCCUGUUACCAUUCCUUCCCCUCCACCCCAACCUCCACCUGUUAUCAAACCUCUUUCCAUUCAUCCCCCUCUCCACCUCACUCCUCCACCUCCACCAUCCCUGUUGCAUCUGUCCCACCCAGUCAUCUACACCACCCCACCCAGCCCCCACCCAUCAUGUGGUGCAGGCUCGGAUGCAGAGGUGUACUCAUGCAUCAGUGUCCUGCGGCCUUCCAGACCAUCUAGUGUGAGUCAGACUCAAGUGAUCCUGUUUGAACAUUCUGCUCUUUAAUAUGCUUUCAGACUAAACAGACACUGCCAAUUUACUCCAGCUGUUUAAAUUCAAGCAAAGUGAUUCUUUAGGGAUAUUUUAUCAUAUUUAAGGGGUUAGUUCGCCCAAAAGUCUUCUCAUUAUUUACUUACCCUCAUGUUGUUUCAAACAUGUAUGACUUUUUUUCUUCUAAAUAACAUGAGGAUAAUUUUAUUUUAAUGUUAACAAUGCACUUUUUCCAUAAAUUAAUGGAGACUGAGGCUGCUCCUUUUGUGGUCCACUGAAAAAAGAAAUCUUGAAUAGAUCAGACAGUCAAACUGCACUGUAAAAUCCAAUUAGAGUUAUGCCAUUAUCCUCUUCUAAACACCUUCAAGUUUGAAUUUACAUUAGGCCUUUCAAAAGAUAUGAAUUGCUUUUAUGUAUUUUUUAAUGUUUUACAUUUGUACAUUUUAGAAAGCUUUAAAUGUGUUUACUAUUGCAAAAAGUAACAGGAGACUGAUUUGUUUUUACACAAACUUAUUCCUCUCUUUUUGCUGAAUCACACUGACUUCGUAAUUUCCUUUUAAAGGACACUUUUCAUUGCUUUGUUUCUCUCUGCCUCUUAGGAUUUCAACAUUCCUUUCUUUCUCACUCUCUGAACAACUAGCCCCAUAAGUAAUUCAAUAUAUAAAUCUGUAUGAUGUUAAUUAUGUAUACAGCAUACUGUAAAACUGUGUGGAAUUAUACAUGAACAUGUAUGUGAAAUAUGUGAAAAUUCACAUAAUUCUAAUUAGCUCUACGAAAAAAACUCAUAUUUUCCAGAAUAUAUGAGUGGAUGAACAAUUCCAUGAAAGCCUUGAGGCAUUUGAUUGUGUGUAAAUUUAUAUGUAUUCAUUUGGCAGAUUCUUUUAUCUGAAGCAACUUGCAUUUAUGGUGUACAAUUUAUCAAUAUGUGAAUUCCCUAAGAACUGAACACAUAACCUUGGCAUUUUUAUUAGCGCCUUGCUCCACCAGUUGAGCUACAGCCUACAGGAACCGUAUAAAGUGACAAUCCACUGCAACAGAGCACUUUGUCAUCUCCAAAAUAUAUGUGUCCCUCAUGAGUGAACAUUCAAAGGUCAAAAGUUUUAUUUGAAUAAUUGAUGAUUCUCUCUCUCACUUCCUUAAUGUAUAAUUUAGCAAUGUGAAAGAGUUGCAGGAGGUGUAUGAUUAUCGUGCAUGAAAAGUUCAAGACCUUGUCAUAAACUUAAAACUUGCCAUGAUUUAGUGCAUUAAUCAGGCUCUUGUCAUUUCAAUAUGAAUAUUAUUAUUAUUAUUUUUUUUUUUAUAGUUCUUUACUAUUUUAUAUCCUCCAUUCAGUUGCAGCCACAAAAAUUUAAUCAAACUUUAUGAAUACAAGUGAUGGCACCAAUCUGAUACCUAGAUCGGUAUCUGGAUCCGAUACUGACGUUUUUACCCAGUCAAGGUAUUGGUCCGACGAGCCCGAUCCAAAUCCAGUCCCACCUGUUGGUCAUUGACGUUACUGUCAAAGCUCAAAUAAUGACAUAAAUAACCUUCAAAUCACCAUUAAAGUAGUCCAUAUAACUUGUGCAUUUUAUUCAGGCACUUACGGUCAUCCAAAAGCUUUGUGAAUUGCAAAAGGCUGUGUUUAAUAAUAAAUAUACAGUCAGCAUGCACAGCUAAGUAUUCUCUAGCACCACGCUUCACUGAACGAGCACCACGCUGGUAGUCGCUCCACACAAACUCCAUCUCAGAUGUAGAUGAUCAAUAAUUCGGUCUGCCUAUAACAUGCAUUGAGAAUGGCACCGGACAAGCAUUUUACCAGAUGUUGAAUGAGAUUAUUACACUACUGUAAAUUAGCCUACAAACAAACACUCAAACACAGACUUCCUGGAGCGCUCAGCGCCGGACUUUCAAAAUAAAAGCCUUAAGAAAUUACAACUGAAAUGUAUUACCAAUGUAUAGUAAAAUUAUUAUUAUUAUUAGAAAUUACAAUAUAUAAAAAAAAAAUGGGUUCCAAAAAUUACUGUGUGAUUAAAAAGUUGAUUGAUAUACUAAUAAAACUCAAAUGAAAUAAAUAAAUAAUAAAUAAAUAACAGAGAGCGAGAGAGAGAGCUCUGAAGAGAGAUCUGAAACCAUUUACAAGUCCAGAUACAAGUUAAAAUGUGUAAAGAGAAUGAGUUGUAUGCACUGCUUGUGUAACAUGAAUGAAAUAUUCAGAGUCAUAUUUAAAAGGACCGUUCACCCAAAAUAAAAUUCUGUCGUGUACUCACUACUCAGGUUGUUGGAAACCUAUAUGAUUUACUUUCAUCUGUGGAGCACAAAAAGUUAUAUUUAUUAUUACUUUCAUUGCUUCUAUUUCAAUACAAUGAAAGCGAAUGGUGACUGUCAUUCUACCUUUUGUGUUCCAUGUGAGAAAGUCACUGGUUUGGAACAAAAUGAGGGUGAGAAAAUAUUGUCAUAAUUGACAUUUUUAAGUGAACCAACCCUAUGAAGUAUUGAUGCCCAUAGCACUUGCUGGUCUACUGCACAAGCACUAUUGUUCGUGCUUAGUCACUGAAGUUUAUGCCAAUAUGGUUUGCCUUUUUUAUGAUGAAAGUUGUUGUUUUUGCUUCUGAUAGCUUGCAAUGAUACCCUAACCAAUUUUCAACAUGGCUUUGAUUUUUAAAACAAAUUUCUCUGACGUGGUGUUUAAUGUUUGUUUUCAUGAAACAUCUGGAUACUUAGGUUACAUAAAUUUGUCAUUUUGAAGAGUUCAAUGUUUAUCAAAUUUAAGUAAUACUCCUUUUAAGCCUCAUUCAAUGAAGUAUUUGAGAAUACAGCUGGGUUAUUUACUUCCACAAGCAAUACUGAUUUGUUCUCCAUGUGUCUUAUUCAACACAGACACUUUUAUUUGACAUCACUUGAAACCUGAUAUCAUUUGAAGUGACAGGUGUAAUUCCUUUUUAGGAAACAAUCUGAAAUCUGUUCACAUCUCAGGAAAUAUUGUAAGUCUGUAUGACUGUGAGUGUCUGAUUUUACAUCACACUGUGCAUUUGUUCUUUAAAACUCAACAGCCUGGGUUUUGAUAACAGAAGAAAAUAUGUAAGAUUAACAGUAUACAUUUUGUAGUGAAAAAUAAGCACCUUGUCAGGGCUAUUGUUUCAUGUACUGAUCCCACCUUUUCCUUCAUAUCCUGUCUCCUUUCAACUGUAUCAUAAAAAAGAGCAAAAAGCCCAAAAAUAAAAAAAGAAGAAUGAAUAAAAAAUUUUUUGAA